AUGUUGUCAGCAAUAACAUUUUUUGACUUCAAACUUGAUUUUUGGAGAAGUAAUGGGAAUAUUUUGAAAAAGAAACCGAAAAAAAAAUAA